ACGGUCAGCGACACGGUUGCCAGGUAGCUUCCAGUGUUUGCAUUCAGCCGGCGAGGAGGAAGAGCAAAGAGGACAUCCCCAGCCAGCUAACUGCUUCCAAUUCCUCAACAAGACUCUUGUUUUUAAAAAUAUAACACAAAUUUAGAUAUUGCAGAUUGAAAACAACUCAGGUAGCGUCACCCACCCUUUUUCACAGCAAAUGGUUUCGUCCAUGGACUCGCUCCAGCGCUCGUUGCACACCACAGCACUCCAACACACAGAUUUGUUAUUUCUGUGAAUGUCAAGCAGCAUUUUGUGUGUGUGUGUGUGUUUUUUUUUGUGGCCGUGCAUAAAAAUACUGCAGGAUGCUUCACCUUGGCUGGGAAGAAAGCCGGAGCUGCGCUAACGAUGACUGCAAUGAAUAAUAAGGGCCGUAAAUAAGCUGGGCCUGUGUAGACAGACGAGAUUCCCCUCCCUCCCCGCCGCCCCCACCCUCCCCUCCGACCUCUUCUUCCAUCAAUCCUUCCCAUCACCGCUAGCCUUUUCAAACCUCCACGCUGGAAGGCACCUGGGAGAUGCUCAGAUGAUCCACCGACUGAAACGCAUCGUCUACGCAGCCCGAGACCGUGACGACUAUCUGCCGUGAGUGUGAGCGCGUCCUCGGGGGUGCCGUGAGAACCCUGCGGGACCCGCCUGCCACAUUUGGCAGGAAGCUUGGCAUCCCUCCUCACACCUCCAGCACCGGAGAUGCCCUCGCCUCCCAAUGAUGGAGAGGAUCAAGGAGCGUCCCCCGUGAACUUGCCGUCUGUGGGCCCCUAUCGCAGCAAGAGGAAAGUGCGCAGCAAAAAGAAGAAGGGCGUCAUCAGCGCCAACGUGGCCGGCACCAAGUAUGAGAUCGUCCGCAUCGUCAUCAGCGAGAUGGACUUUCUCAAGACGAGAGACGAAGACGAGACCGCCAAUCUCAUCUGGAACGAUUCGGCCGUACAGCAUGAAAAAAUUGCUGAGCUGAGGAAUUAUCAGAGAAUUAACCAUUUUCCCGGGAUGGGCGAAAUUUGCCGCAAAGACUGCUUAGCAAGAAACAUGUCCAAAAUGAUUAAGUGCCAGCCUCAAGAGUACAGCUUCAUACCCAAAACCUGGAUAUUCCCCGCCGAGUACACGCAGUUCCAAAACUAUGUGAAGGAGCUGCGGCGGAAACGCAAGCAGAAGACCUUUAUCGUCAAACCAGCCAACGGAGCCAUGGGUCACGGGAUCUCGCUUAUCCGUAACUGCGAGAAGCUGCCAGCCCAGGAGCACUUCAUCGUGCAGGAGUACUUGGACAAACCCUUCCUGAUGGAGGGCUACAAGUUUGAUCUGCGCAUCUACAUCCUGGUCACUUCCUGCGACCCGCUACGCAUUUUCCUCUACAACGACGGCUUGGUGCGCAUGGGCACAGAGAAGUACCAUGCACCCAGCGAGGCCAACCUGAGCCAGCUCUACAUGCACCUCACCAACUACUCCGUCAACAAACACAACGAGAACUUCGAGCGAGACGAGACGGUGGACAAAGGCAGCAAGAGAUCCGUCAGCUGGUUCACAGAGUUCCUGCAUGCCAAUGACUACGACGUGGCCAAGUUCUGGGGAGACGUCUCGGAGCUGGUAGUGAAGACGUUAAUCGUGGCGGAGCCCCAUGUUCUGCACGCAUACCGCAUGUGCCGCCCCGGCCAGCCACCAGGGAGCGACAGUGUCUGCUUUGAGGUCCUGGGCUUUGACAUCAUCCUGGACCGCAAGCUCAAACCUUGGCUCCUUGAGAUCAAUCGAGCACCGAGCUUUGGGACCGAUCAGAAGAUUGAUUUCGAUGUGAAGAGAGGAGUUUUGCUCAACGCUCUCAAACUGCUCAACAUCAGAGCAAGUGAUAAAAAACGCAACUUGGCUCAGCAAAAAGCAGAGGCCCAGAGGCGGCUCUACGGGCACGGAUCUGUAAAGAAACUCUCGGCUGCGUCCUCGGACUGGGAGAGGCAGCGUCACACCCUGGAGCGACGGCGAGAAGAGCUGAAAGAACGACUGGCGCAGGUGCGCAAGCAGUUCUGCAGAGAGCAGCACGAAAAACAACAUCUGGGCAACUACCGACGUAUUUACCCCCCAGACGACAAGCUGCUGUUGGAGAAGUAUGAAAGCCUGCUCUCCGCCGCCUUUCAGACCUUCCUCGCCGGGCGAGCUGCCUCGCUUCAGAAGGAAAUGAAUAAUCCUCUGAAACAAAUGAAGGAGGAGGACAUCUUGGAUCUGCUGGAGCAAUGUGAACUGGACGACGAGAAGCUGAUGGGCAAAUCCUCCAGGCAACGGGGCCCUAAGCCCUUAGCCACCAUGCCGGAGUGCAGCCAGACGCCACGACGUCAACGGCCAGACUACCUGGCUGACUUCACCAGCGGCAGCAGCGCUGAAAACUCCUGCACUUCGUCAGACGAAGAAGAAGAAGAGGAGAGGAGGAAAGCAGGGGGCGGAGGGGGCGAAAAGAGGGAGAAGAAAGUCUCAUAUGACCUUGGGCUCAAGGAGAAGAACUUGGCCGAGCGCUCAGGCCGCAUGCACUGGAAACCAGCAGUCAAGCCCAUGAAAACCAGUCCGGCCCCUUCUGCUUCUCCGACUCUCUCCGGCCCAAUCAGACGCUCCAUCUCCUGCCCCCGUUCCAUCGCUUCCCUCUCAUCGCCCAGUGAAGUGCGAGCUCCGUCCACGAGGCCCUCCCCCAACGUUCCCGUCAUCACCGCCCUCGUCCGGCCCAGCUCCGCCACGCUACGCUCUCACUCGCUGAGCCGCAGCGGCUCCGCCCACCGCGUGCCUCACAGCAACAGCUUGGGAACCAUCCACGCCAGCAUGGGUGAUCCACUAAUUAACCUGAGGAGCAAAGAGCAGGAGGCGGAACUCGUGCGUCAAACGCUGAUCGCGCUGAUGGCCAUGAGGAUCCGAUUUCCCGGCAAAACGGAGGAAGAGGCCGAGGCGGUGCUGGAUGAGAUCCUUGACAACUGGAAGUACCAUAAACCAAAGGUAGCCUCCUACUGGCUUGUGAAGCUGGACUCCACCAAACAACGGAAGGUUUUGGACAUCGUGAGGACCAACGUGCGCUCUGCACUGCAGCGCAUCUGGAAGGAGCCGGAUGUGGAAAGCCUCCACCUGUGCCGCCUCUUUAACCGCGUCUUCAACAGGCUACUCUGGAGUCACGGCCAGGGACUGUGGAACUGCUUUUCCAACUCCGGCUCUUCAUGGGAGAGCAUCUUCAGUAAAAGCAGUGAGGUGGUUUCUCCCCAAGAGCUGCAAUGCUGCCGCAGGCUGGUGCAGCUGUGCCGGGACUGUUUGUUGGUCGUCUACAAGUUUGUCUCCGAGUCCCGGGGCUCUUUGACUGGACUCAGCCCGGAUUGGGACGACACCAGCGUACCAUUCGCUGCUGGACCAGCCUCUACCCAUGGCUCCACCCCUGCUGCUGUCGCUGCCGCUUCUUCUUCCUCCGUCUCUUCGCCCCCCGAUGCAGGUACUGGAAUGCUGUUAGCAGGAGCUGCCUCACUGCUCUGUCUCGGUGGAAGGUGUCAUAGAAAGCUCUUAGAAAGGUACUGACGUCGGUGCCGCGGAAUGAUAGGUAUCUCCUGCCAGUGACCUCCCAGUUCAUCAUGAAGUGGCCUUCAUCCAACACCUCGGCCGCUCCACGCUCACGCAGCCUUUUCGCCGCCAGGAUGGGCCGCUUCUGAGGUCACCGUCACCGCCUUUUGACCUCCAGUGACUUCCUCCCAGCCAAACUCCCCACGAUCCCAGUAUGGUUUUUAACCUGAUGGAGCCUCAGCCUCGGAUGAAUGCCAGAGAAAGAGACAACGAGCCAGGGGGUUUGCGACGGAAAAAGCUUCGAUUUAGGUCGCCAGAACCACCUGAGCUCCGCCUUCAUCCCAACAACAGCAGACCGCUCAAAUUGUAAUUGCUCUAUUUUAACAACGCGCUGCGGCCGCCAGUCACGGGACAAAGAACAACACCUAGCAACAAAGCAAGGAUUUUAUUGAUGUAUUUCUUUUUCUCAGAUGUUCCAUGAAUGCAGUGAAUGACAACCACAGCGCUAUAAGUUGCAAAGCUUCCUUUUUGCUGGCUCUUUUCGGUGUUUCAUUUCUGUAUUCACAUGGAAUUUAACUUAUUUUUCUCUCAGAGCCUUUAUGUUUCUAGCGAUUUGAUGACCUCGUUUGCAGAGGUGACGUCCUAAUAAGUUCAACAACAGAAUGUAAGUAAGUGUGUUGCCGCGUAGAGAACACGGCGUCCCGCGGAGCGCUUGGCUCCAAAUAUGCACUUUGCAGUUUGUCCCAGAAAGAGAAUGAGAACAUUUUUUUAAUGGGUCCACUUUGCAGUCGUGCUUGCAUGCCUCGACUUUCGCCUGCGAGACACAGGAGCUGCGUUGGGACCAUACUUGAAGUCUGUUUGUUUUUCCAACACCUCCCUUUAACGUGUACAGGCGGUCCUCGGGUUACGACGUUCCAUGUUUACCUAAAAAAUGGCUGAAACUGAAAAAAAAACAGCUACAGUUUUACGACAAAGUCCAACUAUUAAAAAAAAAACGCAUUCUAAGAAGAAAAGUCAAAAUUUUACGAGAAUAAACUUGUAAUAUUAUGAAUAUUAUGAGGAAAAAUACGUUAUUUUGUAAGUCGUAAUGAGAAACUAAACGAAAUAAAUGCCAUUUUUGGAAAAUUAGGUUGGGGAAAAUCAAAAUAUGAUGGGAAUAACGUCGUGAGAAGAAAAUGGAUGGCGGUGAUUUAAGAAGUUGAUGUUGAUGUUGAUGUUGAUUAAAUGAAAAAACAGCAAAAAUGGGGAAAAAAGGUCAGUCUGAAGUUGAUACUAAAAAGUCUUUUUCACCUAACAAAGAUGAGAUGUACUUUUUCCUUGAACUAUUUAGAACUUGUUAGCAUAUCUGCACGUGUUGCUUUGACAAAGUUGCGUCCUUGCAUUUUUCACUGUGUGGCCCUCCGAGGAAAACGUUGACGUCCCUGGUCUACCUGGACGCUGGACGCUCUGAGCAUGGCUCCUAGGAAAGCGACGGUGAUAACCAAACAGCGUCUUUUUUUGUUUGUUGUACAGUGUGAGUGACGCAGGAGUGAAUUUACUCACGUCGCAGUCCAGGAACGGAAGGCGUACGUAACCCGAGGAGCAGCUGUACUUGAGUCCAGAUGAAGAUGAUAAACGAUGUGCUCUUUCACUUGUGGAUCGCGUGCAGCUCGUCGAAUGAACGGCACCCGCGGCCCAAACGCUAACAGCGAGUAGUUGUAUUGGGUGAAACGUGGAAGAGUGUGCCUGUAAAAGCACGCCUGCUUCACGUGGUGAGGUUACUAUAUCACCAACCAGCGGAGUACUUCAUGAAGUACCGUAAAAAACAAGUAAAAAUAAAGUAUGUUGUUUUCGGAGAGAAGUGUUGUCGUGUGUUCAGUAGUUUAGCAGCUCUGAGAUGUUUCAGUGUCAAGACUCAUUCAGUGUGCCAAACACAAAGAACACCCCCCUCAUAUGCUGGACUGAAGUUACACCCCAAGUACCCGCUGGACUGUGUACUGUCUAGCUGGUGUUUGAAAGACAGCUCUUUGCAAUGGAGAAUGCCAUUUUUAAGGUUCCAGAGCAAUAAAAUGUUAAAAUACUGCUUGCGUUGUCAUUGGAGUAGAAAGGAAGGGCCUGUUUGACAGCAACUAUUGAUCCUUUUCAUGCAUUCAUUUCCUGUAGAACCACAAACGCAAUCCACUGCGCUGCUGAAUCUGAAAUCCAAAGAAGAUGAUGUUCACGAAGUCUUCUUCCUCUGUUAGGCCAAUGUUAUAUUAGAAGUAAUACAGUACAUUAUGUACUAAAAUAAAAAUGACAGUUCAUGUUACUUACAAUGAAUACAAAAGAUCUACUAGGAGAAAAAGACACAUUCUUCAAUUAUAAUCCUGCUUAUAUUUCAGUUCAGAGCUGAAUUAUAUGAUAAUAAUGUUACUAAUAAUAGUAAUGAUCUGCAAUUGGCUGGGGUAGGCUCCUGCCUUAUCCACGACCCUAAUUAGGAGAAGUGGUAUAGAAGAUGGACGGAUAGUAGUAAUGAUAAAUCCUCUUAUGU